AAAGGAAGUGUCAGAAAAAUGAUCGAGUAGAAAAAACGAGGAAUUAUUUCUGAACGUUAAACGUGGAACUCGUGAUGUUUUUAUAAGUUCUUUCGAUAAAGGUAUUAACGGAUAGAUAAGUUUAAUAAUUUGACAAGCAUCAGAAUGUGGAAACAUGCUUGAAAAUUGACGUGCACGAAACGGUGCGUAGUGGCGCGCUGUGCACGCGAUAUACCGUGUAUAUGGCAAUUUAUUUUUUAGUUAAUCACAAUAGCCAAAGGUGGGGUAGUAGUUUGUAAUCAUGGCGGACCCAUUGAGCUUGCUGCGACAGUAUAACGUUAAUAAAAAGGAGAUAAUCGAACGUGAAAAUCAAAUUAUUUUCGGGGAAUUUUCUUGGCCGAAAAAUGUGAAAACCAACUAUUUAACUUAUGGAUCCGGCAAGGAAGGAACACCGAAGGAAUAUUACACUCUGGAAUGUCUGCUGUUUCUGCUUAAACAUGUGCAACUCACCCAUCCAGUAUACGUACGGCAGGCAGCUGCUGAAAAUAUUCCAGUUGUACGUCGACCAGACAGAAAAGACUUACUGGCGUAUCUCAACGGAGAGACCGCUACGUCAGCCGCCAUAGACAAAUCUGCUCCUUUAGAAAUUCCCACUCAAGUGAAAAGAACAGCGGAAGAUGGAGUGGAAAGCGGAUCGUCGAAAAAACCUCGUUUCGAGGAGACUCAUGUUCAGAAAGUUAAAGAACAACUGGCGGCUAGGCUGGACGCUCCUAAGGAAGCCUCGGUUACGGUGGACAACAUCAAGUCUCUUUCGGAGGCAAUGUCCGUCGAGAAAAUUGCUGCCAUCAAAGCUAAACGUUUAGCCAAGAAACGUACGACGAUCAAGGAGAACGACGACAUUGGAAUGGGAUCCGAUUUAUGCGUUAUAUUGAUGGACGUCGAUGGUACCAAGGAUAUCGUUUCGAGGGAAAGACAGUGGAGAACACGCGCUACUAUUCUGCAAAGCAGCGGAAAGAUAUUUGCAAAAAAUAUAUUCGCGAUACUUCAAAGUAUCAAAGCUCGCGAAGAGGGUAGACAAAAAGGUCCUGCCGCACCCACUCCGAUGGUUACUCCGCGUUCGACGCCUAUGCGACCGUUGCCGCAACCGGCCGUUUAUAAUCGUUACGAUCAGGAGAGGUUUAUCAGGCAAAAAGAAGAAACGGAAGGAUUCAAAAUCGACACGAUGGGCACUUAUCACGGUAUGACUCUGAAAUCCGUGACCGAAGGGACGAAUCCAGCGGUAAGAAAACCGCCUAGCAAUCCUUCGACGGCUCCUAAUUCCGGUUUACUACCGACUUCUGCCGCGAAACUGACGCCGCAACAAGCGGCGCAGAAUAAACGGCCUAGCAGGACUCCUAUCAUCAUCAUUCCAAGCGCUAAUACGUCGUUGAUCACGAUGUAUAACGCGAAGGAUAUUCUCCAAGACCUGAAAUACGUGAGCAACGAAGAGAAACGAUCACAGGGCUCGAAACGAGAGAACGAGGUCCUUUUGCAACGUCGAAAAGAAGGCGGACUGACGGUUCCGUACAGAGUAGUCGACAACCCACAGAAACUGACGAACGCGGACUGGGAAAGGGUGGUCGCGGUGUUCGUAAUGGGUCCAGCUUGGCAGUUCAAGGGUUGGCCCUUCGACGGCAAUCCAGUCGAGAUCUUUUCGAAAAUUUGCGCGUUUCAUUUAAAAUACGACGAAAUGAGACUGGACGCGAACGUGGCACGUUGGGCCGUCACGGUGAUCGAACUGAGUCGAACGAAGAGACACUUGGAUCGAGCUGCGUUAAUGGUAUUCUGGGAACAUCUUGACAAGCACAUGAUCAAAAACAAGCCGCACCUUCGAUUUUAAAUCGGAUCUCGAACGGAACGCUUAGAAACGAAAACGACUGUACAUACUAUUGAAAAGAAGAACGUUCGUGUACAUAUAUGUGUAUAUCUAAAAAAGAGUCCUGCUUGGAGAAAGUCCAGUUACGAAUAAGUUAGGAGCGAUCGACGAAGACUGCACUCGAGAACACAGUAUCAUACAUCGAAUAUAGUUUGCACGUUAUUGAUUGGUUAUUUUCGAUGGUAACAUUAAUAUUUAUCGAGGAACGUUUACGUAGCAGAAUCUUCGACGAUAUAUUAUCGGUUAUUUUAGCACGAAACCGAUGUGCCUAUCGUUAAUUAUCCUUAAACCGAGUACUCGAUAAACGCGAGCGCGAUAUUGGUAUAUCGGGUUUGGUACGGUAUGCGGCCCGAAAACGAACGGAAGAAUGUUAUCGUUCGCGGGAACGCGUUUCCCGAAACGUUUACUAAAAGAACCAAAUAAAGAGCUGUACGCGUAA